AACACGAAGAAGCCACCAGCACGACCGCCACGACAUCCCGAGAGUCAGACAUCAAAGCGUCAUCUAAAAACACGCCAGCAAGUUUUGACGGACAUGCGCCGGCAGGCCGUCUGCGCGUGCCUGAUGCUGGCCGCGGCAUCGGCGCUCAGCCUAUCAGUCUUCUCCAGGCCGCCCGAGGCUCACAUGCUGCUGCGCUCGCGCCGCGCCAACUCUUUCCUGGAGGAGCUCAAGCCGCCGUCCAUGGAGCGCGAGUGCGUGGAGGAGACAUGCGAGUUCGAGGAGGCGCGCGAGAUCUUUAAGGUUCGAGAAGCCACGCUGGAGUUCUGGACGGUGUACAAAGACGGCAACCAGUGCGAAUCCAACAGCUGUGUCCACGGGAGGUGCGUGGACAUACUGCAAGAUUACGUGUGCACCUGUGACCAAGGAUACGAGGGAAAGUACUGCCAACACGCUCUAUCAGCCACCAACUGCAGCGUGAACAACGGCGACUGCGACCACGAGUGCACCGAGAGGGAGGAUGGCCUGAGGCGGACAUGCGGUUGCGUGGACGGCUACAAGCUGCACGACGACGGCAAGACCUGCGUCGCCAAAGGGUCGUCGUCGUGCGGGCAGCUGCUGAUCGGACGUUCGUCCUACGCCCGGCCCGUUGAUGGCCUCAUGCCCUGGAUGGUGGGCGGGGAGGUGGGCAAGAAGGGCGAGAGUCCUUGGCAGGUCCUGCUGCAGAAUUCCAAAGGUCGUUUCCACUGCGGCGGCGUGCUGAUUGACCAGAACUGGGUCUUGACGGCCGCCCACUGUCUGGAAAACAACCUGCGCUUCCGAGUGCGACUGGGCGACUACGAGCGUUUCCGCGACGAGGGCACCGAGGUGAUGCUGAAAGUCAGCAAUGCCGUCCCGCACCCCGACUACGACAGCACCACGGUGGACAACGACAUCGCUCUCCUGCGCCUGGAGAGCCCGGCGCCCUUCUCCGACUACAUCCUGCCGGCGUGCCUGCCGGGCCGCGGGCUGGCCGAGCGGGUCCUCCACCGCAACGGUACCGAGACGGUGGUGACGGGCUGGGGCAAGGAAAGCCAGGAGAGCCAGCGCUUCAGCUCGGCGCUCAACGUCAUCCGGGUGCCGCUGGUCAGCCGCGAGGUGUGCGCCGCCCACAUGUCGCACAACAUCUCCGACAACGUGCUGUGCGCCGGCGUCCUCGGUCAGAGUAUGGACGCCUGCGAGGGCGACAGCGGGGGCCCCAUGGUGACGCUGCACGCUGACACCUGGUUCUUGGUGGGCCUGGUGUCCUGGGGCGAGGGCUGUGGGCGCCGGGACAGGCUGGGCAUCUACACCAAGGUGUCCAACUACAACAAGUGGAUUGAUCGCGUGCGCCAGGACUGGGACAGAAGUUCGCAGGCGCCCCAACCCUGAUGCGCGCCACCCUAAUAAAGUCAUUUCAACUC